UCCAACAGCUGCAAUCUGGAAGAAAUUACUCUUCUAAACAGCCAGACUUCCCCAGUUUCAGGAAAUUCCAAGCUGGGCAGGAGGAGGGGCUGGGCUGGGAGGGGGGCGCGCCCUGUCCAUCCCCCCACCCCUUCUGCGUGUCCUCUGUGCGCACCCGGUCCGGCCCAGGCCCGCCCCCACACUCAGCCCGGAGGCUUCUGCUCUUCCACCACCGCUUUCCAGUCCUUUAAAUCCUAGAGGCAAAACUUUCGGGGGAUAAGGAAGGCGGGGAGGGGCCUGGGCCUUAACCCUCUCUGCCCCGGAGGGACUGGGCUGGACUGGGCAGUGACUUCGCGGCCCGUUUGGGCUCCUACCAUGGCCCCCCGAGAGGGGCUGACACUUCGGUCCCCGGUGCAGGUGUGAUCCGCCCGGAGGAAAAAGGAAGAAGGAGCGGACUUGGGACUCGGAGGCAGAGGCGGGCUCCGAACCAAGGAGAGGGGCGUCCCAGUCGGAGCCCGAGAGCGCGCCUGCCCCACUCCGCGAGGGCCACGAGGCCCAGGGUGGGAACGCGGCCUCGCUCGCUCACUCGCUCCCGGAGGAGGCAGCGCUGACCCGGCCCUACCCCGCAGAUGCCGGUGCUGAAGCAGCUGGGCCCCGCGCAGCCCAAGAAGCGGCCGGAGCGCGGCGCCCUCUCCAUCUCCGCGCCGCUCGGCGACUUCCGGCACACGCUGCACGUGGGGCGCGGUGGCGACGCCUUCGGGGACACUUCGUUCCUGAGCCGUCACGGCGGCGGGCCGCCGCCCGAGCCCCGGGCGCCGCCCGCCGGGGCCCCGCGCUCCGCGCCGCCGCCCGCGGUGCCGCAGCCCCCGCCGCCGGUCCUCCGCACGCCCGCGCCCGCCGACCCGCUGCUGUCCUUCCACCUGGAUUUAGGCCCCUCCAUGCUGGACGCGGUGCUGGGCGUCAUGGACGCGGAGCGCCCGGGGGCCGCUGCCGCCAAGCCCGACUUGGACCCCAGCUCCGGGGCACAGCACCCCAGGGCCCGCUGCCACCCCAGCGCGGACCUCGAGAGGGACGACGUCAUCGGCCUGUAGGCACCCCUGUUCCUGAUGCUUUUACCAUCUGGCACCCCACUUCUUUAUACAUAAAUGGCUAAGGUCUC